AUGGACGUCCGCGGUAAACCCACCCAAUGCCUCACGGACUGCGAUAACGUCCAUAAGAUUCUCUCCCACCGCCGUUUCAAUCCAGAGUGGAACAACUUGUACGAAAACCACCCAGCUGAUAUUCUGGGUGCCUGCUACAACUGUAGGGAACUCAAAAUCAAGUUCAGAGAUGACAACGGCAACGUCAUCAACGAUAAUAAGUCACGAGUCAUUGCUAUCGACGGAGCCUGCAGUGAGAAUGGACGACAAGAAGCUCGUGCUGCUUUCGGUAUCUACUUUGGCGACAAGGCAUAUGAUAAUUGCUCUGGAUUCGUCCCUGAAAAUAUCCCACAAACCAAUCAGGUUGCUGAGCUCAUCGCAGCAAUUGAGGCUUUGAAAAUCAUGGAGGAAUAUUUGGAUAAGGAUAUCAAAAACGGAGUCGCUAGGUCACCCGAUCGAUAUACAUGCAAAGUUCUCAUCAUCAUCGAUUCAGCGUACGUGGUAAAUGGGGCCACAAACUGGAUUUUCAAGUGGAAGGAGAAUGGAUUCAAGACUUCGACAGGAAAGCCGGUGACUAAUAGAGAGUUGUUUGAGGAGCUAGAUUAUCUGAUUAAGAAGUUUAAUUAUUUCGAGAUCCCGGUUUGGUUUUGGCAUGUCAAGAGAGAGUUUAAUAAAUCGGCGGAUGCGAUGGCGAGGAUUCCUCUUUAUGGUGAACAGGAGGUUCCUGUUUUGGUUCCUGUUGUCAGAGACUAUAAGAGAUUUUCUGAAAUGAGAAGACGUUGA